AUGUUGAAUGUUGCUUUCGAAUAUAAAGAUGUCUUUACUCGUUUAAGCAAGAAAGAGAAACAUUAUGUUUCUUUACCUAGUGAAGAGGACUGGAGAAUGGCGACUAAUGUAUGUGAUAAGUUAGGUUUAUUUUAUCGUGUGACAGAGACAUUCUUCGGGACCAAAUAUCCCACUUCCAACAUGUUCUUCCCUUUGAUAUGUGACAAAAAAUUAUCUAUUAAGAGUUGGGAAGACGAUCAAAAUGACGUUAUUAGGAACACGACAUCAACUAUGUUGCUUAAGUUCGAUACAUAUUGGGGAGUCAUACACGAUGUGAUAAGUGUGGCUAUUGUUCUAGAUCCUAGAUAUAAGUUAAAGUUGAUAAAUUAUUUCUUCCUGAAGAUUUAUAGUGUGGACUCAAAAGAUGAGGUUAUGAGGAUAUGGACUCUAUGUAUUGAUAUAUUUAAGGAGUACAAAAAGAAACAUGAUCAGAAUAAAAGGAAAGAACAAAGUGGCACAACUGUUUCAAGUGAGGGGAAAUCUUCUUCAAACAAGGCCUCAUGGCAAUUAGAUAUUGAGAAUAUGAUCUCUGAGGAUGGCAUGUUUGAAACGACUUAG